AUCUAGUGUUGUAGCCCAUCAGGAAACAACUGGGGAUGGAAAAAGUUACAUGAAAGCCAGAUUUUAUAUAGCUAGAUCAUAUUGAAAACUUUAUUAUUACAUCAAACCAAUAUAUUUGACAUCGUCAUGCAUGACUUUGCCAGUGGUUUAUGUAGAUAAAAUAAUCAGGCAAGGGGAAAUUGUGCACUUGAAUUUGUACUUCCGCGUACAAUGUUUUUUUCCAGCGACAUACGACAACUUUCGAACAGCGAACCAUAAUAGACGUUUGUCAGUCUUUUUUUUGUUGCUGUAUUUUGAGGGGGGAGCGUUUGGGGCUCAGUGGUCUAACCUAGCCAUGAGCAUCAUCGGGGCCGAGGAUGAGGACUUUGAGAAUGAUCUGGACCCCACUGUGGAUGACCACAGCAGUCACUUCACCAGUAUAGAGCUAGUGAAGAGUCGGCCAACCCACCUGCUGGUCUUCCUUCAGCACGUCAUCCUACAGUUCGACUGCUCCUCCCUGUUGUGUUACCUCCAUGCUGACCUCUUCAAGAACCUCAGUACCAAAGAGACAAAGAAGCAGUUUGUGGAGUUCUACAACAGCUUCCUGGACAAGGGCGCUAUUCUCAGAGUGCAAAUCCCUCACAAUGUAUCGUUUGAGUUGGACCGUACCAGACCAGACCUGCUCAGUGAGGAGCAGCAGAAGAAGUUUGUCCAGGAUGUCCAGUUGGCUCAGGCCCCAGAGGUGCUGCGACAGCUGGAAGACUUUAGGCAGAAGAGGAUGAUGGGUAUGACCCCUAACGCGGCAGAGCUGCUGGAGGUGGAGUCUCACUACCCCACCGAUCGUAUCCCCAUGGAGAUGAAGGAGAAGGCUGUGGCAGAGACCCUGCUGGACAAAAUGUCUGAGAUCCAUCCCUCCAUCGUCGCAGACGAGGAGAAAUGUUCGUCGAUCUUUGCAGCAGUGGCCUUCUACAUGAAGCACCUUGGAGUGAAGUCCAGGGUAGCUGACAGUAAGAAGUCCAGAGGGUUCUUCAGGAGACCCCUUGGGAAGAAUAAGAAGAGUGAGGAGUCCACUAAAUCUAAACCGAAGGGGGGUUUUCCCAACAUCCUCAGCGCCGCCGGUGGCUGGAUUGCUGGCAGCACUGAGGUCAAACUUCCUAAAGUGGAGGCUGAAGUGGAUAAAGAGAAGGUGAAUCAGGAGCGUAAGGUUUCCAGCGGCCUCGCUCUCUCUCGAGGCUCCUCCGCCCCUGAUGCUGCUCCUCCAGUAUUAAACAGGAAGUCUGUUUCCACAGGAUCCUCCCCCCAUCAGGGUUUGGAGGUCAGCGAGGGCUCAGGGGUUCACAUCAGUGUGACCUCCAGCCCAGACUUCUCCCACAGCGAGAUAGGUCUGUUCAGCAGUCGUUCAGACCCCCAGUUGGUGGCGGAGGGGGGCGAGGUGUCCCCCGCGGGGAUGGCAGGGGGGCUGGCUAUAUGGGAGCCCCCCUCACCCAAUGAACCCCCCCUGGAGGAAAACCUGGACAAAGACAGACGCAAGACAAGGCGUGUGGGACGCAGUGAGAGUGCUCGUGUGGACAGACAUUCCUCCCGUCGCCGUGGCUCCUCCCGGGCCAAACAGUCACGUUCCCGUAGCGACGUGGACCUGCAAGCCGCCGCCACGGCAGCACACUCCUCCCCGACCUCUCCCCACCCCUCUGUUGAUGAAGGGGUUUUACUGCCCGAGGGUGUGCUCCCAGGUCUUUCCCUCUCUGGCCCCACCCCCCAGCAGGAGGAACAGGACCCUCGCCUCCUGGAGCUGGAGCAGGACCCGCCCAACUGGAGAGUACACACCCCCCCAGACACGCUCAAAGACCUCAGCAAGAAGGAGACCAAGCGGCAGGAGCACGCCCAUGUGCGCAUGCUGAGUGUUCUGCAGACAGUGUUCUGGAAGCCUCUGGAGAGAGAGGAACUCAUGACCGCCACAGAGCUGGCCACCAUCUUUCCCAGCCUGGAUGAGAUCAUAGACAUGCACUAUGCUUUCUACGAGCACCUGAAGAAGCUGCGUCAGCACAAUUUCAUCGUCAAGGCCAUCGGAACCACGUUACUCAAUAGGUUUGGAGGGACAGAGGGUGAGUGGUUUCAGAAGCUGACGUCUAGGUUCUGUAGUCACCAGACGUGGGCCCUGGAACAGCUGAAGAUGAGACAGAAGAAAGACCCUCGUUUCAACUCCUUCAUACUGGAGGCAGAGAGUAGGCCUCAGUGUCGUAGGCUGCAGCUGAAGGACAUCAUCCCCACUGAGAUGCAGAGGCUCACCAAAUACCCCCUACUGCUGGAAAACAUUGCCAAGUGCACAGAGGACACCUUGGAGAAGGAGAGUAUUCAGCAGAGUGCAGAGUGCUGUAGGAAGAUCCUCAACCACGUCAACGAGGAGGUCAAACAGAUGGAGAACCUGCUGACCCUGAAAGACUAUCAGCGCAGGCUGGACACCUCAGGACUCAAACCCAGUAAUGAGCUGUACCUGGAGUACAAGUACCUUGACCUGGCCCAGAGAAGGAUGAUAUAUGAGGGGCCUCUGACCUGGAGAGUGACCAAGGAGAAAACAUUAGAAGUGCAGUGUGUGUUGCUAGGGGAUCUGUUGGUGCUGUUACAGAAGCAGGAUGAUAAGAUGGUGCUGAAGUGUCAGAGUAAGAGUAACAUCGCUGUUCAGGAGGGCAAGCAGAUGCUCAGCCCUAUCAUCAAACUAGACUCUGCCUUCCUCCGAGAGGUGGCCACAGACCGUAAGGCUUUCUACGUGAUCUUCACCUGGGACAGCGGGGCUCAGAUCUACGAACUGGUGGCUCAAUCUGUCGGGGAGAGGAGGAACUGGACAGAUGUGAUCAAGAUGGCGGUAGAUGAGCUGAAGAAGACAGGACCUCCAUCUGACCUGAAGAGAGGAAACAGCAUCUUAACUGGAGGAGGGGGAAACCCAUACAGCCCCACCACGUUUCCUCAACCCCCUCUCAGCCCCACUGAAAAUGGAGGAGUCUUGUUGAAAAACAGCAUUGAACGAGAUAAGGACAUCCUGACGGAUGAGAUAAAGUCUGUGGACUCUCGUCAUUCUCUGAUUGAUUACCUCUCGGACAAAGGCUUCGACUUAAUUGGCCACAGCAACAGUGAUCAGGUGAAAGUGGCCAAUAGCGCGUUAAACGAAGUCAUGUCCCUGAAGAGGCUAUUGGUUGGCAGCAUCAGCCUAUCAGACAACUCACAGCCUGAUGAGGAGAAUGGAAGGGAGGGGCCAGAGAGGCAGGACCAAGGACUACAAGGGGAGGAGGGUGGAGGGAUGAAGAUAGACGAGGAGGGAGGGAUCAGCGCUCCUCUGGUUCUGUCCCAGGAGAGGAUGGAGGAGGUGUGCCGGAAACUGCAGAGUCUGGAGGUACAGCUGAAGAGACUGCAGAGUGUUGAGGAGGAGCACCACCGGCUGCAGAAGGCCCUGUCUAAGUUCUCCCUGGAGGGGGGAAACUUCUAGUGGAACACCAGAUCACUGUAAGUGCUGGAUUGGAGUGCUCGAGUUGCUUUUGGAGGAUUAAUGAAUGCGUCCUGGAAUUUCCUAUUUACUAAACACUCUGUGCUCCACUGCCAUGCCUGAACCCCUGUUAAAGAGUUCCAGGGGGUCGCAGCCAACCGUGAGGCGCUUGCAAGGCGGAGGAGGACGGCUUUACGCAAAGUAGUUGAGUAAUGCAAUGUGGGAGUCGUGUGUUUGAGGUUUGUGUUUUUGCGUGUUUGUGAACAUGCUAGUAUGUGCAAGUGAGUGAGCGUGUGAGAGAUGGGAGUUUUGGAAAUAGGUGCCAAAGAUUGGAGCAGUAGUUUGCUGUGAGAGAGAUGCUGCCUGGGCUUAUUGAUUGUGAGCUUCUGCAACACACACACACAACAGAUACUUCCCCCAGUGCAUGUUCAAUAAAUAUAUCUAUCAUUGCCAACUGUAGGGGUUUGGACUGUAUAAUAAACCCCCAUGUAUGCAUGUAGAGAGAGAUACUAGUGUCAGCCCUAUAGGGGGCGAUGUAGAGCUGUAGAACAAGACAGGAACAUGCUCAGAGUUGUGAAAUUCUGGUAACUUUUCCAAAAUUCACAGGUUUUCCCCAAAUCCUGGUUGGAAGAUUCCUGGAUUCAGGAGGGAAUAAGGAGGAAUUCUGGGAGUCAUUCAACCGGAGAUUUCUGAAAAACCUGGGAUUUUUUGGGAAACUUUCCAAAUUUAGACAUUUUACUGAACAUUUAGUAGGCCCCUAUAUCCAGUACAUGCCAAAGUACAGCAGUGAUGCACCUUUAAGUUAGUAUAAUCCAAUUCAAGUGACCAACCACACUGAAUUCCCAACAUUGAAUUUGCAAAUAUUUAUUACUAUUAUUAUGAUAACAUAUAAUAUAUGCCAUUUAGCAGACGCUAUUAU